UCUUGGUGUUUCGCUCUGCCAUAAUAAACAUGACAAAAUUAGCGGCCAUUAUUUUGUCAUUUCUUAGAGCUAGUUGGAUCUUUGCAGUAUCAUGCUUUCGCUUUUUUGUUCCCAUGCAGAAAAAAUCACUGGCGCAGGAAAUUGUGCUCAUCACCGGCGCUGGCGCUGGGAUCGGUAGACUGAUGUCAACAAACUUCGCUAAGCAGGGCUCGGUGGUUGUACUGUGGGACAUCAAUAAACAAUGGAUGGACGAAACCGCCGAAAUAAUUACUACUCAAGGAGGCAAAGCGCACAGCUAUCAAUGCGAUGUGACCAGUAAAGACGAAGUCUACCGCCUCGCUAAACAAGUCAAGAAAGAUGUGGGUGGCGUCACUGUAUUAGUUAAUAAUGCUGGGGUCGUGAACGGAAAGAGGUUUUUGGAUAUUUCGGAUGAGAUGAUAGAAAGGACGAUGAACGUGAACGCAAUGGGAAUAUGUUGGACAUUGAAAGCAUUUCUUCCAUCCAUGAUAGCUCAGCAACAUGGCCAUAUCGUCACCAUUGCCAGUAUAAUGGGGUCUUGUUCCGCACCACAACUGUCAGAUUACUGCGCUAGUAAGCAUGCAGCUGUAGCCUUACAUGAGUCUGUAUCCAUGGAGCUUAUAAUGGACAAUAUUAAAGGGGUGAACAUGACCCUGGUACAGCCGUAUCAUAUUGAUACAGAAUUGUUUGCUGGUGUUAACGUUGGUAUAUUGCCUCCUCUCGCUCCGCAGUUCGUAGCUGAUAGAGUUCUUCUUGCUGUGCAAACAAACCAAAAAGUGUUGUGCUUACCAAGGUUGAUGUACUGGGUACCAUUUCUUCUUUCGAUUUUGCCGCUUGACUGUGUCAUAGAAAUAGCGCAAGGUUUAGGUUUCUUCACUGCGAUGCAGUCAUUCAUUGGAAGACAAAAAAAGAAGACAUAACAACUGAAAUUAUGUGCUGGACACUUGGGCUAUUAUCUUUCUAAAUCUAUGAUCUAUGAGAUCGCAUUACAUUAUUUAAAUUGUUAUAGCAUUCUUCAAAUUGUGCAGUAUUGUAGUAUUCACUAUAGUUAGCUUAAUUAAUUUUUUGUAAUGCCACCUCCACAAGAUGACAAGGGCUGCAAGUGUUCUAAAUAAGGGCAUGAAAAACAAGUGUUCUAAAUAAAGGCAUGGACCACAGGUGUU